GUCAUCAUUUGACAACAUUAGUACAUUCAGCAGUGUCAUUCUGCAAUCUAAAACAACUUUCUGUAAAAGAUUGCCAUGGAUUGAAGCAUUUAUUUACAUCCUCGGCUGCAAGAAAGUUAGUGCACCUUGAAGAGAUGUACAUAGUGCAAUGUGAAUCAAUGGAAGAAAUAUUGGCAGAAGAGCAAGAGGAAACUACUUCAGGAGCAAUAAAAUUUGAGCGACUCAGCACAAUAAUUCUAGAUUCUUUAUCAAGCUUGUUAUGUUUUUAUUCAGGCAGUAGCACUCUGCUAUUAUCAACUCUGAUAAGAGUGCUCAUUUGGAAAUGCCCCAACAUGAAGACUUUCUCCCGAGGAGACAUACAUGCAGAAUCCUUUCUGGGAAUUCAGGGCUCAUUAGAUACAAAGGAAAAAUUGAUCUUCCACCAAGAUCUUAACUCCACUGUGGAGCAGAUGUUCCAACAGCAAGAACUUUUUAAAGCCAUAGACAAGGAGUGUUUUUCUGAUUAUCAUGAGCUAGGAGCAUGCUGGGAUGGUGAAGUUGUUUCGCAAAGUAAAUGGUUGUGCAAUGUGUUAAUUUUGAAGCUGGACAAGUGUACUCUACCAUAUGCAAUUCCAUCUAGUAUUCUUACUUGUUUGAAGAACUUAAGAGAGUUGGAAGUACGGGAUUCUGACAAAGUAAAAUUCAGUGUUUGA